UAAGCGGCGCUACUACACCCACAAACUGAAUAUAAACAACCCAUGAUGACGCAGGACUUCCGGUUAAGUACAGUUUAUAUGACGCUUCUCUGGUGGAGUUUGGGAACGGCUACGUUUACAUUGUAGCGUCGAGCGCUCGAAGCUGUGGCUGUGGGAAGCAGCAGUCUCCUGACUCACUGAGGGUUCUUACCUGGGGGUCCCCCCUCCACAACACACACUCAUCCCGACAGUUUACUUCAGAGUGCCAUCAUGGUGCUGGCCGACCUGGGAAGGAAGAUCACCUCGGCGCUGAGGUCACUCAGCAACGCCACCAUCAUCAAUGAAGAGGUGUUGAACGCCAUGUUGAAGGAGGUGUGUGCUGCUCUCCUGGAGGCAGACGUUAACAUCAAACUGGUCAAACAACUGAGGGAAAACGUCAAGUCCGCCAUAGACCUGGAGGAGAUGGCCUCAGGCCUGAACAAGAGGAGGAUGAUCCAACACGCUGUGUUCAAGGAGCUGGUGAAGCUGGUCGAUCCCGGCGUGAAGGCCUGGACUCCGACUAAAGGCAAGAACAACGUCAUCAUGUUUGUUGGUCUGCAAGGCAGUGGCAAAACUACAACCUGCUCCAAGCUCGCUUAUUAUUACCAGAGAAAAGGCUGGAAGACCUGCCUGAUCUGCGCCGACACCUUCAGAGCAGGUGCCUUUGAUCAGCUCAAACAAAACGCCACCAAAGCCAGAAUACCUUUUUAUGGCAGUUACACUGAGAUGGAUCCUGUGGUGAUCGCUGCAGAAGGCGUCGAGAAAUUCAAAGGCGAAAACUUUGAGAUCAUCAUUGUGGACACAAGUGGCAGACACAAACAGGAGGAUUCACUGUUUGAGGAGAUGCUGCAAGUCUCCAACGCAGUGCAACCUGAUAACAUUGUGUACGUGAUGGAUGCUUCCAUCGGUCAGGCCUGCGAAGCCCAGGCUAAAGCUUUCAAAGACAAAGUGGACGUAGCGUCGGUCAUCGUCACAAAGCUAGAUGGACACGCCAAAGGAGGCGGAGCUUUGAGCGCUGUGGCGGCCACAAGGAGUCCCAUCAUCUUCAUCGGAACAGGGGAACACAUCGACGACUUCGAGCCGUUUAAGACUCAGCCUUUCAUCAGCAAACUGCUGGGAAUGGGUGAUAUUGAAGGACUGAUCGACAGAGUGAACGAGCUAAAGCUGGAUGACAACGAGGAGCUGAUAGACAAACUGAAACAUGGUCAGUUCACGCUCAGGGACAUGUACGAGCAGUUCCAGAACAUCAUGAAGAUGGGGCCCUUCGGACAAAUUAUGGGUAUGAUUCCCGGUUUUGGUACAGAUUUCAUGAGUAAAGGAAACGAACAGGAAUCAAUGGCCAGAUUGAAGAAACUCAUGACCAUCAUGGACAGCAUGAAUGACCAGGAACUGGACAGUAAAGAUGGGGCGAAGCUGUUCAGUAAGCAGCCCAACCGGAUUCAGAGAGUGGCCCGUGGAUCUGGAGUUGCCACCAGAGACGUUCAGGAGUUACUCACUCAGUACACUAAGUUUGCUCAGAUGGUGAAGAAGAUGGGAGGCAUCAAAGGACUAUUCAAAGGAGGAGACAUGUCCAAAAACGUGAACCCAUCUCAGAUGGCCAAACUGAACCAGCAGAUGGCCAAAAUGAUGGACCCUCGGGUCCUGCAUCAUAUGGGGGGCAUGGCUGGCCUUCAGUCCAUGAUGCGUCAGUUCCAGCAAGGAGCUGCCGGCAACAUGAAAGGCAUGAUGGGAUUUAACAACAUGUGACCUCCCACCCAGCUGAUGCCUUAAUACAGAAGAGGAAACUCUUCUCCUCCUUGCAGGUGGAGGAGGUGGGGCAAACCCUGUCUUUUGCUGCUUUGCACCAACAAAUAAAAUACAGUUUGUCCUUCAAGAAAAACAUUGAAGGUAAAUUGUGAGUAUAAAGGAGUAGUUGAACUUUUCAGCAAAUGUUUUUGUUUGUCAGAGAAACCUCUGGAAUGCUCCUCGGUCUUGUGGAAGAUGAGCUGAUGAUUAACGGGCCUCAUUACCUUUGGUUGGUAAAAAUGUUUCCAUGUAAAAUUAAAACAUAGUUUGAACCAUUACAGGAGUAAAUGGCACAGGAUGAAAUUGAGUAGUGACAGUGUUUUUGUCAUAAUAAAAAAAAUUUUAUUGCAUCAUUUUAAA